ACAUGCGGAGUUAGAAACAAUGUUAACGAAAAAAAAAAAAAAUACAAUUAACAUAAUUUGUUCACCAUUAAACACUAAACAUCAAAAUUAGUAUUACAUUUCAAUUUUAAAAAACCACAAGUUACAUUUAAUUUAAAAUUUUAAAAUAUAUCCAACAAAUAAUUAGUGUUAUGAGAAAAAAAAAAGAAAAAUUCCUAUUUUUAAUAAAUCAUCAUAAAUAUCAAAAAAUAAAUUUCCAAAAAUAAUAAUUAUUCAAUCAUUAAAGUGUUAUGCAUUUAAAUAAAAGAAAAAAAAAAAAUUCCACGCAACAGUUUGUUUUUACAUGAAAAAAAAAAGGAAAAAUAAAAGUGAAAAAAUCGAAUAAAAUAAGUGUAAUUUGUGUCAAUAAAAAGUAAAUAUAAUUUUUUUAAAAUAACUAAAAUUAAAUAGAAAAAAAAAGUAGCAAGUAGUUGAUGAAAUACUAAAUGUUUAAAUAUAUAUUUUCAUCAAAAUGAAUAUGACAUGUGGUCCAGGUUUGGAUUCAUUCCAUCAAGAAUAUGCAAAAGUUCAUGGAUAUGCAAGUAUUCUUGUUUGUAUAUUUGGUUCAAUAGCAAAUACUUUAAAUAUUGCUGUGUUAUCACGUCGUGAAAUGUCAUCUCCAACAAAUGCAAUACUAACUGGUCUAGCUGUUGCUGAUUUGCUUGUAAUGCUUGAAUACAUGCCAUAUGCAAGUCACAUGUAUUUAUAUCAUCGUUCAAGACGUGAUACAUAUACAUACGGUUGGUCAGUAUUUGUUUUGGUACAUUCAUUGUUUACACAAGUAUGUCAUACAAUAUCAAUAUGCCUAACAGUAACACUUGCAAUAUGGCGUUAUAUUGCAAUAGCACAUCCACAAAAAAAUCGUGAAUGGUGUAGUUUUAAUAGAACAAUAUUUGCAAUAAUUGGUGCAUAUGUUAUAUGUCCAUUAAUAUGUUUACCAGUUUAUUUUACAACAGCUGUUACAUCAAAAACAGAAUUAUUAAAUAGCCAUGGUAAUAGUAUUAAUUUAACAAUAUAUAAUGAUACAAUAUAUAAUGAAACACUGUGGUUUGUUGAUUUAAGUGAAACAAUGAAAGAUAAUAAUUUAUUAGAACAAUUAAAUAUAUGGAUGUACAGUGUUGUUAUUAAAUUAAUUCCAUGUUUUGCAUUAACAAUAUUAAGUUUAAGAUUAAUACUUGCAUUACUGGAAGCUAAAAAAAGACGUAAAUUAUUAACAGCAUCAACUGUUAUUAAAUUAUCAAAUAAUAAAACAAUUGAUAAUGGAUGUGAUUUAAAAAAAAAUUUAAAUAAAAAAAAAACAACGAGAUUAUUGGAUAAAGAAAGACAAACUGAUAGAACAACGAGAAUGUUACUUGCUGUAUUAUUACUAUUUUUACUUACGGAAUUUCCACAAGGUGUUCUUGGUUUACUUAGUGUUAUUCUUGGUCCAAGUUUUUUCAGGACUUGUUACGUCAAGCUUGGUGAGGUUAUGGAUAUAUUGGCCUUGAUUAAUUCAGCGAUAAAUUUUAUACUCUACUGUGCAAUGAGUCGACAAUUUCGAACAACAUUUCAACAACUAUUUUGUAAUUGGAUGCCGAUAUCACAUCAUGAUAAUAAUGGUCAUACUAUGACAGCAACUCACACAAUGACACAAGUAACACAAGUCUAGCAAAGGAGAAACCGGCGUGAACAUUGCUUUCCACUUUAAAUUUUUUAUCUAUUAUUACUUAAUUAAAUAAUAUAUAUUUAUAAAGUGGAGUACAGUGGCCCAUGACAAACAAUAAUAUUAUUAUCAUAUACACGUUUACAUGUCUUUUCCUUAAUUAAAUAUAUUUAAAAUUUAUUUAAUUAAUUGAAUGCAGUGUCAAUUGAAAUAUUUAACAACAUAAAUUUAAUUUAAAUAAUAUUUUAUUAAUUUAUACUGCAAUUGAAAAGCUAACUAAUUUUUUUUACAUUAUAAUUUUUAUUUUAAACUUUUUUUCGGUAAAAAGUUUUUAUAUAUUUUUUGUUUUUUUGACUAAUUGGAUAUUCGAUAGAAUUAAAAUGUCAAAUUUAAAAAUAUCAUGUUUUUUAACAAUUAAAUUUGUAAUAUUCAAAAAUGAAUUUUUUUUUUUUAACUAAUAAAUCAACACGAAAUAAGUGCAAAUAAAUUUCGAAAAAAUACAAGAUUAUAUUAAAUAUUUUAAUAAAUCUGAUAAAAAAAUGAAAAAUAAUAAUAAAUUUAUGAUUAUUAAGAUCAAAAUAAUCAGCUUGAUGUAUUUAUUCAUUUUUUUCUUUUAUUAAAGUCAGUUUUGAUAUCGUGCAAUAAGCAAAUCACAAGAAAAAUUUACUUGCACGCAAGAUUAAAUGAUUUAUAUCAGUAGAAAAAAAAAAAAAAAAAAAAAAUGAAAACUCAAUCGAUUAAAAUUUACUUCUGAUGCUUUGAUUAAUAUUACUUUUAAAAAUAAUAAUAAUCAAUGAAUAAAAAAAUAAAAAGUAAAUUUUUUAAUUAUUAAAAAUUGCAUUAUUAAUUUUAAUUUUUUUCUUCAAUCACAAAAAUAAAUAAAAAAUAUUAUUUCAAUCGAUUGAAUUUUUUUUUUUUCAAUUAAUUUAUUAUUAUUAUUAUUUUAAUUAAUUAUAAAAAAAAAUAUAAUUUAUAAAGCACUGUAAAAUAGAGUUGAAUUUUAAUGUGAACAAUGUCGCCUGCUACAGCCGAGUGGUGGGUGUUGAUGAAGAAAAUCGAUUUGAUAUAAUAUAUGUCAGAGAAAAUGGUACAAGUGGAAAACGACAAUGACAUAAUAUAAUACAGAAACAAUAAUACAAAGAAAAUUUGAUAUUAACCUUAAAUUAAAUUGCACAUACAAUAUGUUGAAAAUUAUUUCCAUUUUGAAUAUUCACUUGUUAAAUAUCCAAUGAAUUGUAAAUCACUGUAUUCGAAACAGUGCAUUUCAUUUUUUUUAACAAUCAAUAAUCAAUUUACAAAUUCAAAACCACAUAUUCAUCAUCUAACAAUUCGAUUAAAUAAUUUAAUUUUAUAUUCAAUUAAAAUAAUUAAACAAUAUUAAAUUAAAUAUUUUUUUCUCAAAUCAAUGUCAAUUGCAAUAGAAAAACAAAACAAAAAAAAUCGUGUUUAAAAAUUACUUAUUAUUAUUCUCUAAUUAACCUACAAAAUCUAUUAUUAAAUUUUUUUUUAUACAUGAAAAUAAAGUAAAUUGGCACUGCAAAAUUUUCCACAAUAUAAAAAAGUAAUUUAUAAUUUUAUAAAAAUAUACAACUGUGUAAAUCAUACACAAAAAAACAAAAAAAAAAAAAAUAUAUCUGCAAAUUGUUAUUGACCUUGCGUGAGGGUGAAUAACUGACAACCUAAAUAAAAAUUGAUGUUUAGAAAUAAAUAUGUACAACUAGAUAUAUAUGGAAAAGGAAAAGGAAAAAAAAAAAAACCAAAGUUAAGUGAAAAGACGUAAAAUUCGUGACUGCCAUAAUACGUUCAUGGUGUGUGUUGUUUGACCGGGGCAAAUAGCAAACCGAUCGCCGGUCUGCCUUAAUUUGUGUGUUAUAUAAAAAAUAAAUAAUAAAA